AGAAAGGAGCCCGCGCCCCGCGCCCCGUCCCUGCCGCGCUCGCCCGGGCCGCCCGGAGCCCCGAUGAGCCCAGAUGGCCGGGGCUCAGCCCGGAGUGCACGCUUUGCAACUCAAGCCCGUGUGCGUGUCCGACAGCCUGAAGAAGGGCACCAAAUUCGUCAAGUGGGAUGAUGACUCUGCUAUUGUCACUCCAAUUAUUUUGAGGACUGACCCUCAGGGAUUUUUCUUUUACUGGACUGAUCAAAAUAAGGAGACGGAGCUGUUAGAUCUCAGCCUUGUCAAGGAUGCCAGAUGUGGGAAGCAUGCCAAAGCUCCCAAGGACCCCAAAUUACGUGAACUUUUGGAUGUGGGGAACAUCGGGCGCCUGGAGCAUCGCAUGAUAACAGUGGUAUAUGGGCCUGACUUGGUUAACAUCUCCCAUUUGAAUCUCGUGGCUUUCCAAGAAGAAGUGGCCAAGGAAUGGACAAAUGAGGUUUUCAGUUUGGCAACAAACCUGCUGGCCCAAAACAUGUCAAGAGACGCAUUUCUGGAAAAAGCCUAUACUAAGCUUAAGCUGCAAGUCACUCCAGAAGGGCGCAUUCCUCUCAAAAACAUAUACCGCUUGUUCUCAGCAGACCGGAAGCGAGUCGAAACUGCUUUAGAGGCUUGUAGUCUUCCAUCUUCAAGGAACGAUUCAAUACCUCAAGAAGAUUUCACUCCAGAAGUGUACAGAGUUUUCCUGAACAACCUUUGCCCUCGACCUGAAAUUGAUAACAUCUUUUCCGAAUUUGGUGCCAAAAGCAAACCAUACCUUACCGUCGAUCAGAUGAUGGACUUUAUCAACCUUAAGCAGCGAGAUCCCCGGCUAAAUGAAAUCCUUUACCCACCUUUAAAACAAGAACAAGUCCAAGUAUUGAUUGAGAAGUAUGAACCCAACAGUAGCCUCGCCAAAAAAGGACAGAUAUCAGUGGAUGGCUUUAUGCGCUAUCUGAGUGGAGAAGAAAAUGGAGUUGUUUCGCCUGAGAAACUGGAUUUGAAUGAAGAUAUGUCUCAGCCCCUUUCUCACUAUUUCAUCAAUUCCUCACACAACACCUACCUCACAGCUGGCCAGUUGGCUGGAAACUCCUCUGUCGAGAUGUAUCGCCAAGUGCUCCUGUCUGGUUGUCGCUGUGUGGAGUUGGACUGCUGGAAGGGACGGACUGCUGAAGAGGAACCAGUCAUCACCCAUGGGUUCACCAUGACAACUGAAAUAUCCUUCAAGGAAGUGAUAGAAGCAAUUGCUGAGUGUGCAUUUAAGACGUCACCUUUUCCAAUUCUGCUUUCAUUUGAGAACCACGUAGAUUCCCCAAAGCAGCAAGCCAAGAUGGCGGAGUAUUGCCGACUGAUCUUUGGAGACGCUCUUCUCAUGGAACCACUGGAAAAAUACCCACUGGAAUCUGGAGUUCCUCUUCCAAGCCCUAUGGACUUAAUGUACAAAAUUUUGGUGAAAAAUAAGAAGAAAUCGCACAAGUCGUCAGAAGGAAGUGGCAAAAAGAAGCUCUCAGAACAAGCUUCCAACACGUACAGCGACUCCUCCAGCGUGUUCGAGUCCUCAUCUCCAGGAGCUGGGGAAGCUGAUACCGAGAGUGACGACGACGAUGAUGAUGAUGACUGUAAAAAAUCUUCAAUGGAUGAGGGGACUGCAGGGAGCGAGGCCAUGGCCACCGAAGAGAUGUCUAACCUGGUGAACUAUAUUCAGCCAGUCAAGUUUGAGUCAUUUGAAACUUCAAAAAAAAGAAACAGAAGUUUUGAAAUGUCUUCCUUCGUGGAAACCAAAGGCCUCGAGCAACUGACGAAGUCUCCAGUGGAAUUUGUAGAAUAUAACAAAAUGCAGCUUAGCAGGAUAUAUCCAAAAGGAACCCGUGUGGAUUCAUCUAACUACAUGCCUCAGCUCUUCUGGAAUGCGGGUUGCCAAAUGGUUGCACUUAAUUUUCAAACUGUGGACCUGGCUAUGCAAAUAAAUAUGGGGAUGUACGAAUACAAUGGGAAAAGUGGCUACAGAUUAAAGCCAGAGUUCAUGAGGAGACCUGACAAGCAUUUUGAUCCAUUCACCGAAGGCAUCGUGGAUGGGAUAGUAGCCAAUACUUUAUCUGUCAAGAUUAUAUCAGGUCAGUUUCUUUCUGAUAAGAAAGUCGGGACUUACGUGGAAGUGGAUAUGUUUGGUUUGCCUGUGGACACGAGGAGGAAGGCAUUUAAGACCAAAACAUCACAAGGAAAUGCUGUAAAUCCUGUCUGGGAAGAAGAGCCCAUUGUGUUCAAAAAGGUGGUUCUUCCUUCUCUGGCCUGUUUGAGGAUAGCAGUUUAUGAAGAAGGAGGUAAAUUCAUCGGUCACCGGAUCUUGCCAGUACAGGCAAUUCGGCCAGGCUAUCACUACAUCUGUCUGAGGAAUGAGAGGAACCAGCCUCUGAUGCUCCCAGCUGUCUUUGUCUACAUAGAGGUGAAAGACUAUGUCCCAGAUACAUAUGCAGAUGUGAUUGAAGCUUUGUCAAAUCCAAUACGAUAUGUGAAUCUGAUGGAGCAAAGAGCUAAACAAUUGGCUGCAUUGACACUGGAAGAUGAAGAAGAAGUAAAGAAAGAGACUGAUCCUGGGGAAACACCAUCGGAAGUUCCGAAUGAAGCCAGGACAACUCCAGCAGAAAACGGAGUGAAUCACACUACAUCCUUGGCACCCAAACCACCCUCCCAGGCUCUCCACAGCCAACCAGCUCCAGGUUCUGUAAAGGCACCUGCCAAAACAGAAGAUCUUAUUCAGAGUGUUUUAACAGAAGUGGAAGCCCAGACCAUCGAAGAGCUAAAGCAGCAGAAAUCAUUUGUGAAACUUCAAAAGAAGCACUACAAAGAAAUGAAAGACCUGGUUAAAAGACACCACAAGAAAACCACUGACCUAAUCAAAGAACACACUACAAAGUAUAAUGAGAUUCAGAAUGACUACUUGAGAAGGAGGGCAGCUUUGGAAAAGACAGCCAAAAAGGACAGUAAAAAAAAGUCAGAUCCCAGCAGUCCUGACCAUGGUUCAUCAACGAUUGAGCAAGAUCUUGCUGCCCUAGAUGCCGAAAUGACCCAAAAGUUAAUAGACUUGAAGGACAAACAACAGCAGCAGCUGCUUAAUCUUCGACAAGAGCAGUAUUAUAGUGAAAAAUACCAGAAGCGAGAACAUAUUAAACUGCUUAUUCAAAAAUUGACGGAUGUUGCUGAAGAAUGUCAGAACAAUCAGCUGAAGAAGCUCAAAGAAAUCUGUGAGAAAGAGAAGAAGGAAUUAAAGAAGAAAAUGGACAAAAAAAGGCAGGAGAAGAUAACAGAAGCUAAAUCCAAAGACAAAAGUCAAAUGGAAGAGGAAAAGACAGAGAUGAUCCGGUCAUACAUCCAAGAGGUGGUGCAGUACAUCAAGAGGUUAGAAGAGGCCCAAAGUAAACGGCAAGAAAAACUUGUAGAGAAACACAAGGAGAUACGUCAACAGAUCCUGGACGAAAAGCCCAAGCUGCAGAUGGACCUGGAGCAAGAGUACCAAGACAAGUUCAAAAGACUGCCCCUGGAGAUCUUGGAGUUCGUGCAGGAAGCCAUGAAAGGGAAGAUCAGCGAAGACAGCAAUCACAGUUCUGCCCCUCCCUCCCUGGCCUCGGAGCCUGGAAAAAUGAACCACAAGCCUCCCUCCAGUGAGGAGCUAGAAGGAGACAACCCAGGAAAAGAGUUUGAUACUCCUCUGUGAUUGUUCCUGCCAGGCCUUCAA